CGCAAACGCAUCUCACGCGCACGAUGCCGUCGUCGUCCACGAGCUUGCUCGGAUUCGUCGCCCUCACGCUCGUCGCGUCCGCGUCCGCGGCGCGCCCGGGCUCGACGACCGCGAUCCUCGAGCCCGCGACUGGGCUCGCGGGGAAAGAAUUCGCGUCGACGACGGAAUCGACCACGACGCCGACGAUCCAAACGACCGCGCGCCUCCCCGCCUCCCUCGGCGGCGUCUCCGCGCUCGGCCUGAGCCCGACGUGCUCGCAGUCGUACGACACGCUGAACCAGAACAGAGCGUACACGGACGCGGCGAACGACGUGUACCAGGUCACGCGCGAGGUCGGACAGGAAGCCGGGGGCGAGUGCGAGAGUAAGAUGCAACCGAGCGCGAACCCGCUCGGGGGUUGGUGCCACGUCGACGCUAUGAAGUACUGGACGCAAGACGAGACGAAGAUGGCGGUCUUGCCUCCGAUGCGCAGAGCCGCGGACGCGGCGCUCCCCGAGGACGAGAGAGGCACGGUGAUUUGGUUAGACGAGGACUUCAUCACGAAGUCGCCGACGUCGUGGCUUCCUAUGCUGGGCAGCGAAUUCAUCUUGAAAGGGAUCAUGCCCAUCUACAUCCCGGGGCCGUGCGUCAACGAGGCCGACGUGAACGGCGUGCUCGGGUACUACGGCGCGGGGUGCAAGACCGAGGAGAACUUCGCGUCGUGCAAGUUCACGAGGCACGGCGCGGACGAGUGAGAACGAGCGACGUUUCGAUUUGAUCCGGGAUACAGGACCCGCUGUGUAAAUACGCAAAACGCAAUGAUAACC